AAAAAAAUACCAUCAUUCAGCAGUCCACUGCUGGGCACGGGUCUCGCCCAAUUACACGCCAUUGAGCACGACAUAUGAACAGCAUUCAUUGCCUAGGGUUGCAUGGCGUGGUGUGCCAAGAUCUUAAGGUUGGAUCUGGAACCCGUACUCCGCUAAUUUUCCUCGCACUUAACCGUGACGGAUCUUUUCAAUGACAAAACUGGUAUAAUAACUCUUAAAACAAACUAUUGUCUGUUUAAAUAGUUUAUUUUUAAAAGAUGAUUUGCAUGAAUUUUUUUUUUUUAUUUAUUUCCGCGUGUCGUAGGUCACUGCGAAUUAAAAUACAAAUUAUUCUAUAUUAACGAAAUGUCGUAAAAUUAUUUAAAACUGGCUGCUUAUUCUAUUAGUGAUACGUAGUCUAAUUACGCCUAUUUAAACUUGCGUGCUUGUUGCUAGUUCGCCAGAAAUUUGUCAGUAGUCCGUCUGUCGUCGUCAUUUUGUUAAAUUACAGCCCGUAAAUAAGCAGUUUCAGAAUGGACAGCGCUUUGGCUUUGGAGAUCGAGCAGGUCUCGCGUCAGAAGGCGCUGGAGGAGGAAGCGCUUCGCGGCGAGUCGGCUGUGCGGCAGUUCUACGCGGGAACCACAGCGCUGAUCACUGGAGGGACGGGCUUCAUCGGGAAACAACUCAUAGAGAAGCUUCUAAGGUCGUGCGACGUUAAACGAAUUUACCUGUUGAUUAGGUCGAAGAAAGGGAAAUCGAUGCAAGAGAGACUAAAGUCACAAUUAAAUGAUCCAGUAUACGACAAUUUACGGUCUCAACAACCAGAUUUCACUCGGAAAGUUAUACCGGUGGAAGGCGACAUCUCAGAACUAGGCGUCGGCCUGAACAACGAAGACAGGAUGAAGCUUGCGCAAGAGGUGAAUGUGAUAUUCCAUGUGGCUGCCACGACCAGGUUCGAAGAGCCACUGAAGAAGGCCACAUUCAUCAACGUCAGAGGAACCAGGGAGAUCAUGGAAUUGGCCAAAUGCUGCAAAGAUCUAAGGUCCUUCGUACACGUGUCAACUGCGUUCUCUAAUGCAACCAAGAGCAGAAUAAAUCACGAUUUGGAAGAGAAAAUCUAUGAAAGCCCUGUCCCUCCGGAAGUCAUGAUACAUCUCGCGGAGACAGUCGAAGAAUGCAGACUCAACGCGAUCACUGCUGAUUUGAUAAGGGACUGGCCCAACACGUACUGUUUCACGAAGGCCAUAGCCGAGGAUGUCGUGCGUACAAUGGGCAAGGAUUUACCUGUGGCCAUAGUGAGGCCACCCGUAGUUAUCUGCACGCUCAAUGAACCCACUCCUGGAUGGGUGGAUAUGAGCUCGGUGAUCGGUCCUAGUGGGAUAAUUUUGACGAUUUUACUAGGCGUGAUGCACGUGCUUUUAAUGAGUGAUAUUAACAUACCAUUAGCGCCCUUGGACUACGUCAACAAUGCGGUAAUAGCAGCAGCAUCGGAAGCCAAUAAACGCUACAAUAAUAAUGAAAAAGAAAUUAAAGUUUAUAAUAUAAGCUGUUCUGGGUGCAAAAUUGAAACAUCUUGUUUGAGUGAUCUCAUGAAUAAUCCUAACACACAACAGUACGUUACGCCGAAAGCCGUUUGGUAUUGUUACGCUUUUAGCACCGGAAGCGAUGUUAUAUUCUGGUUGUUAACAUGGCUGCUGCAUUACAUACCUGCGUAUGUAGCCGACUUCGUGUUUAAUGUGACCUCCAUGAAGCGACCUGAGGGCAUAAAGUCAUUCGUUAAAAUGUAUGAAAAGAUAAACAACAUGUCUUUGUUGUACGCAUGGAGUUACUAUUCUAACUGGAGUGCUUACUUGGUUUGACAUAAAAACUAAAAAUAUACUUUAUCUCUAUGGCUUAAAGUUUAUUUUUAAAUAGCAAAAGAUGUUAGGAAAAACGGUCUGAAAAGAGAAUGAUUAUUAAGUGGUGGUGUCCCUCUCGCACAUUUUACAAACAAAAAGCAGUGUAGCUAGCUUAGAGGAUUUUCCACGAAUUCUCGUAAUUUGGACCCCUGUCUUAGUUAUCAAAAAUGGCUUUUAAUGGUUAGUGGAUUUUUUAGUAGCUUGGGCGUUGUUGAAAAUUAUCGAAAAGGUUAAAAUCAAUCUACUUUACAGGAUUAUAAACAUUUUAUGACUUAACUAGAAAAUUUUGCGACAAUUUAGAAUUUCCAUCAACGUCAAAAAUUAAAUUGGUUCAAAAGAAACGUACAAAGUUAUGGUGAAAUUAGUUUCUAAUGAUGACAAUUUAUUAAAAUAAAUUAUAUAAGAAGUAUUGAUUAUAUGAUAUAUGUUGAUUUUUAAUAGAGCAUCAUAUAUUAAUAAAGCUCAUUAACAAAAUAAUUAUUGUUCUAUAAUAAUAAGAAAUCUGUUUAAUGGAAAAUUUCAUGGUAGGUACGUAGAUUUCUGAUGGUUUACAUGUUGAAUUUGGUGGGAAGCCAGAUUAAUUGUUGGCAUCACCGAAAAAGAGCUAUGAAUGGAUAUAAGAAAAAUGGCGUCUAUUUACGUUUGUAGUUCGAAGUUAAAAGGGCACUGAUCACAGGCACUGAUACAGCUUGUGGCUUGUUUUUUUCGAAAAUCGUGAAAGUUUCCGUGUAAUCAUGGUGAACACUUGUAUUGUAAGUGGUUGUAAGCGAGAAUCAUCUCCAGUUUGUGGAAUAUCCUUCCAUAUGUCACAUUCAUUGAUAAAUUUUUACUAGUGUGAGUAUAUAUUUUUAAAAUGUGAGAUAUUUUUUCUCAUUAUAAUAUUUAAUACCAUUUGUCUUAUAAAUUGUACUUAAUCUAUGUCAUAUACUAAAUUUGAAAAAACAAUCGUGAAAAACUAUAAUUUUGCAAUGUAUUUUUUAAAUUACAAGAGCCACCACGUGGUAUUUUUUGAACUUUUUUUAUUGUAUUGAAUAACGUCGCACGCAAGCAUGUAUAUCAUUUGCCUGACGUUAAGCGAACGAGGAGUAUCUUCUAGUAAAUAUGACGUUGGAAUUUCUGGAAAAUGUCCUAUAUAAAGGUCAAACAAGAGGAAUCAAGUACUCAAACGCAAGAAAUAAAAAAUACCCCGAGAAAAGCAAAAUUACGACAAGAUGUUAAGGUUUUGAAACAAAAACUUAAAAGUCGCGAAAUAGUGAUUGUAAAUAUAAAGUCGAUUUUAGAUUUAUUAAAGAAAAAUGGCGAUUUUUAAUUGAAUUUAAAUUUAAAUUGCGAAAUUUUAAUGAUACUCAUGGUUCACUUAGAUGUUGAUUAAAAUAAAUUAUGUAUUUCGGUGAAAAAAAAAGAAUUAACAUAAAAUAGAGGAAAUAUUAUAUUAUAAGACUACAGAAAAUUAACUGAACUUAAUAAUAAUAAUAUAACCAAUAUUUUGUAAAUAGAGAUCAAGUACUGUGUGUAUUGUGUUAUGUGUAUUGACUUGUCAUUUAAGAGUUAUUUAAUUGUCUACAUAUAACAAAUAAAUGAAUUUCAGUUCAUUUCAUUUUAUUACCCAUUGUGUUUUAUUUCCUAAAAUGUAACUAGUAGACUUAAUAUACACGUGUCAUGAAAAUAGCACUAAGUAAAAAUACAAGCAAUUUUAAUUCAAUUGAAGAUGUGAAUGUAGGAAAAGAGCAUCCGAUACGCGCAGACCAUGUGUGUUGCAGUGUCAAAUAUUAAUUUGCACGGCCUACUUAGCCAGUACAUUAAAGUAGGAAUUGCGUAAUUAAGUUCAACAUAAUAUUUAAGUCGCGGUUGAGUAUUCGGACGUUAAACAUGAGUUUGAGGAAGUUUAAGUAAUAGAACUGAGGUAAUGAUGUUUGUAAUAAAACUCAGUGCUAGAUUUUCGACAACGCAGCAAUUUCCAAAAAAAACGUCGAAAAAAAGUCACCAUGACGACGAAGCAAUGUUUAGAAUUAAAUUUACAUAAAUAAACUGUUGCAAGCACGUGUUUUGUAUUUACAUAGGGCUACACAGAAUUACUUAAGGUAAAUUCAAAACUGAUGCAUGUGUAUAAUUUUGUCCUAUAAAUAAAUUUUAUAUGGUCACCACAUUAGACAAGGACACCGCGACCAAAAAGUAUUCUCUUUCGAGACCGAUUUCUCGGCAUUAGACAGCACUCCAGUUGUAGGUACUUAUUAACUCCAUGGUUGUACGGCUAUUUCCUGAGGAACCAGUGGAAUUUUGUCGAUGACAACACCGUGGCCAUGCUGAACCAAAUGUCAAAAACUGACAGGUUAUUGUUCAAUUUUGACAUUUCUACGAUUGAUUGGUCGCGUUUUAUGCUGAUCUGGUGCAUUGGCUUGAGAAAGUUCAUUAUUAAAGACGGCCUCAAGGAUAGCAAAUAUGGAAUGAAGAAACAGAGCUGGUUAAGGAUAGUAAAUUUUUGUUAUCACGGAUUAUUUUUUGGGGUCGUCAUUUGUUUGCUGUAUGUUUCCUGUGCAAUAUUCAUGUACGUAUUUGGAUGAUUGUGUGUAAUGUUUUAUAAAUAAAGUGUACUUUGUAAAUUCAAAAUAUA